UACAGGUUAGCCUUUCUGGUGGUGAUGACCUCCCUGUUAAAACAUGCCUCUUGCAAAGGAUCUCCUUCAUCCCUCUCCUGAAGAGGAAAAGAGGAAACACAAGAAAAAGCAUCUGGUACAGAGCCCCAAUUCCUACUUUAUGGACAUGAAAUGCCCAGGAUGCUAUAAGAUCACCACGGUCUUUAGCCAUGCACAAUCGGUAGUCUUCUGUGUCGGCUGCUCCACUGUCCUCUGUCAGCCCACAGGGUUUGGAAAAGCACACUGA